AUGAGUGAUGAAUUGAAACGUACUAAAUCUAAAGAGCUUUCUUUUUCACCCUCGUCAGAAGCUUCCAGAGAUGAUAAGAAAUACAUCAAAGACAAUUCAACCAGAAAUUCGCCUUCACCCUCCCCUCUUACCAAGGUUCAAGAAGAAAUAAAAGCUAAAAAUGCAGAAGAGGCCAGAAUUUGGCAAGAAAAGGUUGAAGCUAAGAAGCGAGCUAGAAGAGAUAUGUUUUUGAAAUCUGAGAAGGAAAGAGAAAGAAAGAGAAAAGAAGACGAAGAAAAGAGAAUCGAAGAGGAAAAAAGGCUAGCCAUUCUCCAACAAGAAGAAAAAGAAAAGUUAGCAAAGUUGACUGAACAAAAGAAUAAAGAAAUUCAAGAGAAAAGGCAAAUUUUGGAGAAACAAUUGACCGUUGAAAAUUAUCCUAUUGGCCUUAGACUUACUAAAUUUGGUAUUGAACCAACGAAGGAAGAAAUUUUGGAAUUUGCGCCAUUGUAUACUUUCACUAUUGCAAAUGACAUUUACUUGACUGAUUUACAACUCGCAUUGCUCACAAGAACAGAUGUUUCGAUCUUGACUGGUGAUAUCAGUAAGCAAUCCAUGAUUGAGGCUGAUAAAAUCCAGAAGUCUAAGCUCUGGAAUCUUUUCUUUUCUUUGAUUGGAAUUGAUAAAUCAAAGCCAAGUUCGGAUAUGUCAAAGCUAAUGUAUGACGGUCACACAAGCUUUCAAUAUUUAUUGAUUCAUUUUGUCAAACUUGAUGAUGUUGCGGUCUUAAUUAAAGAUAAAUAUCCAGAUGUUUACUCUGUUAUAUGGGACAAACAUAAUACUUCUCACGUUGAUAUAGAUUCUUUGCAACUGUUCUCUGAUCUAUCGAAAAGGCCGAAAGCUAAUUUAGUCACGACAGACGAAUCAGAUAUAAUUGUUGAUACUCAACGUGUACAAAAUUUGAGCUUCAUCCCUCCCAAGCUUAAAAUACGUAAGGAUGCUUUGAAGACUAUUUAUAAUUCAAAGACCCAAUUAUGGUAA